AUGCCUCGGCACGCCAGUAACUUCGGUCACUUGGGCUCCAUUAGUGCGUUGUUACUUUCAAUUGCGGUAUUGGUCAAUUUAAGCGAUUUUCCAAACCUCGGUGACCUCCGUCUUCGCCGCUCCAUCGACUUGUCCGGAGUCUCGUCAAGCAUCACGGACGGGGUUUCAAAUGUCGCCAGCAGUGUCGCAGAUGGCAUGGAUAAUGCAGCUUCUGAAGCUUCUACUGCCGUUCAGGGUAUCGCAACCAAGGCUUCUACUGCCGCCGGAACGGUUGUGAGUCAAGCGAGCGAUGCGCUUCGAACCUUGGAAAAAGAACUCCAGUCAGAGCUCCCGGCGUAUUACACCGUCGGCUUGUGGGGCUACUGCGAAGGCAACGAUACCCAAGUCGUCUCCUGUUCCCGGCCAAGCAUAUCUUUCACGUUCAAUAUCUCCGGCAUUCUGAAUUCUGCUUCGACAGAGAUCGAUGCACUGGUUUCAAGAAUCGACGAUAAAGUCCUCACUGGAUAUUACGACGUAUCGAGGGCGGUUAUUUGGUUAUAUAUCUCUGGCUUCGUCGCAGAGACCCUUACAGCACUUCUGGGUAUUAGGAAGACGUUUUUUAAUGGAGGAAAUAAGCUCCUCCUUACUUUCUGCGUGGUAUUUCUAUCGUCAUUGGGGUCGGCAUUACGAGAAAGGACUUGCUAA